CCUCAAAAGAUUUUCAAGAGGAAGAUGAAGGGUGCACUGCCAUUUUUGGCUAUGAUGGUUGCUCAAGUUUCACAGGUGGGAUUAACAUUAGCAAGCAAAAAAGCUAUAGAAACUGGGAUGCAGAACUUCUCCUAUGUAUUCUACUCCAAUGCUUUAACAUGCCUUGUUCUUCUUCCUUCUGCUUUUCUCAUUCAUAGAUCGCCCAAUCGCCCUCCACUAACUUUCUCAGCCGUUGGUGGUUUUCUUCUACUUGGCAUACUCGGAUUUUUGGUACAGGUAGUUGGGUAUGCAGGAGUUACGUAUGUUUCUGCAACAGUCGCAACAGCAAUUCUUAACCUCAUACCAGGCUUUACAUUUGUACUUGCCAUCACCUUUGGGGUAGAAAGACUAAAUAAUGUACAGUUGGCCAUGUGGGUCAAACUCAUUGGAACAGUAGUCUCAGUGUUGGGGGCUAUCAUAGUAACUUUCUACACAGGGCCUGCAAUUAUAAAAGCGACUCAUUUAACUUCAGUCAGCCCACAUCGUUUUCUUGGACAAUCAUCAAACUGGAUCCUAGGUAGCGUUCUGAUGCUAAUCGACAGUGUCCUAUCUGCUUUGUUCAUUAUAACGCAGGCAUUAAUCCUCAAGAAAUACUCCGCAGUAUUGAUCGUGAUGUUGGCUUACUGCUCCAUUAUAGUUGUUUUAUCUUUUUUAGCUUCAUUGAUUUUGGAACAUGAUCUGAACGCUUUUAGUUUACAGUCUAGAACAAGGUUACUUGCCAUUCUGUACUCGGGGUUCUUUGGGGCUGGUUUUCAAAUCACAAUAGGAGCAUGGUGUGUGAAGAUGAAAGGGCCACUUUUCGUUGCCAUGUUUCACCCGUUAGGGAUAGUAAUUGCGGCUAUUUUGGGUGUCAUAUUUCUGGGGGAUAGUCUCUAUCUUGGAUGUUUAAUUGGAUCAUCAGUCAUUGUUAUUGGGUUCUACGGUGUAAUGUGGGGAAAGUCUAAAGAAGAUAAAAUUGUUGAAGUUGAGAGUUCAAAGUCCCCUCUCUUGCAAGACAAAUCUGAAGAGCAUACUGUUGUGCUACCAUAAAAAGCAGCUCACAUGCAUUAUAUAGAUGUAUGAAUCUGGAGUUGUCUAGUUCAAAAACCUCAUUACUCUAUGAUGCUUAAUAAUAUCAUUAUCGUAAUCA